AUGAGUAUCUCAGCCUCUCAAGCCGUCAUGGACAAGGUCCCAGAAACCUCAAGUGGAAUGCGACCACCCGCCGACGUCUCGGCCGAUCUGGAGGACGCGCUCAACUCCAUCGCACUGGGGAAUAACAACGGCGAUCCAGGUGACCCUGAAAUCACCCCCUUUCGACACAAGAGUCCUCCUGUUACACCCCAGAAAACCAUGCCGAUCAGUACGCACGAGGACGGGGCUCUCGUCGAACCGGAGAGUGAAAGAGGAAGACAAGAAGUCAAGGGCAGUGUCAUCCUGUCGACGACUGCGGCCAAGAGGAAGAAGAAGAAAAACAAGGGAAAAGCGGCUCAAGCGGCCCAAGCGUUGAAUACUGUCAGAGGUUUCACUCCGGUCGACUCGGGAGCUGAAGACUCGGAUGUGUCACGCAACAGCCCGCGGGUUCUGUCACCUAUGCCUCGUUUGCCUGCGUUGGCCGGUGCCAGCCCAGGUCUAAGACCUCAGUCGCCGGGCAUUAGCAGCUUAAAAGCUCAACUUGACGCACUGAAUUCUCGCAGUCAAAGUCGCUCCAACUCCCGCGUCCGCAACACCCUGGAUUCCGAAGCCAACAGCAGCGCCGCCAGCGCAGCGUCCGACACCCAGGGAGAGGAGCCACACGAAGACAUGGUCAGUUACAAUGUCCAGAUUGAUCAGGACUUCGUCAGUCAAUCGCUGGCGGAGACCGAUGUCGCUUCGACGAUUUCCACCGCGAUUAUGGACGCGGAUCAGCGUGCGACUUCGAUGAUUGCUCGCAAGAUGAGCGCAGCAGACUUCACUCCCAUCCGCUGCCUCGGAGACGGAGCCUUUGGAACGGUGCUCCUAGUACGACAGAAUGCCACGGGCCGCUUGUUCGCGCAGAAGCAACUCACGAAAGCGUUUCUCAAGGUUCACAAAAAGCGGAUCGAAUCGACCAUGUCCGAGCGAAGCAUUCUCGAAUUGGUCAAUCGCCAUCCGUUCAUUGUCAAUCUCUACUACGCCUUCCAGGAUCAUGAGAAGCUAUACUUGAUUCUCGAAUAUGCCUCGGGCGGGGAAUUGUUUCGUCACCUGGAACUGGAAAAGUUUUUCUCAGAAGAAGUGGCUGCAUUUUAUAUUGCAGAGAUUGUUUUGGCUUUAGACUAUCUUCAUAACACGGUUGGCGUCAUCUAUCGUGAUCUCAAACCGGAGAACUGCUUGCUGAACGCCGAGGGCCAUUUGCUCUUGACCGAUUUUGGUCUGAGCAAGGUUGCCGUUCAGGAUCCGAGCACACCAGGGGGAAGUCGUUGCAAUAGUCUGGGUGUGGGGACGAUCGAAUACAUGGCUCCUGAGAUCAUCAGAGGCAGUGAUGAGUCUGACUGGGGUCCGGGCUAUGGCAAAGCGUGCGACUGGUGGUCACUGGGGGCGAUGGCUUGCGAUCUCAUGACGGGAAAACCUCCUUUCGGCGGAGGGAGCUGGACUAAGAUUCAGCAGAACAUCAUGUAUCAGAAGCUGAGCCUGCCUUAUUUCCUGUCACCAGAUGCCAAAGACCUUCUCACGCGACUGUUGCGCAAGGAGCCUAAGAAGCGACUUGGAGUGGGCCCAAACGACAUCAACAUCAUCAAGAAGCACCGAUUUUUCAGGAAAAUUGACUGGAAGAAGUUGGAGGCCAAGGAGCUCGAACCACCCAUCAAGCCUCUGGUCACCAAUCCUGAAUUGGCCGAGAACUUUGCUAAAGAAUUCACCGACAGAGCGAUCGACACUCUUACGCGAAGACACAGCCGCACACUGAGCAAGUCUGAUCCAUUUGGGGGUUUCAGCUACGUUGCAAGCAGCAGUUUGCUUGAGGAAUCGAUGCUCUUGGAAUUGGACGAAGCUAUCAUUGACGAAGACUUUUAG